AUGCCGUGGGUUCCACCGCAUCGAUGUGACCCUGCCUACAGUCCGCACUCUGCAGCGCCCGUGAGCGCCCGUGAGCGCCCGUGCUUCGUGGGGUGGGGGUGCACCGCGCUUCGGGCGCGCGCGCUGGAGGCGCUUGCGGAGUGCGAGCGGGAGCGGGAGCGGGAGGAGCGGGCGCUGGAGGUGGAGCGGCAGCGGCGGCUGGGGCCGGUGUACGCGCGGCGCAGCAAGGCGAUCGAGGGGAUCGCGGGGUUCUGGGGGAUCGUGCUGACGCAGCACGGGGAGUUCGCGAACUACGUGCGGGCGGCGGACUGGCGGUACGUGGAGGCGAUCCGGCGGGUGGAGGUGGAGUGGGCGGGGGCCGGGGCGUGGGACUUUGCGAUCACGGUGGAGUUCGGGGAGGUGGAGGGCAGGCUGCGGGCGCAGAGCGUGAGGAAGCAGUUCACGGUGGGGGAGGACGGGGAAGUGCGGAGCGCGGCGGUGGAGAUGGAGUGGCCGAAGCGCUACGACGGGACGUUCUUUGCGUGGUUCCGGUGGACAGGCGAGCGGCCGGGCGAGGAGUUUGCCAACGGCGACGAGCUGGCCAGGCUGUUCAGCGAGGAGCUGUUCCCGUACUGUGUGAGGUACUAUGCGGAGGCGCAGAGGGACGUGGAGGAGGAGGAGGAGGAGGAGGAGGAGGAGGAGGAUAUGUAUUGA